AUGACAGCAAAAAUGCACUUCCCUUCAUCAACAUCAGCAUCUUCUCUUAUCGCCAUUUUCUGCUUUCUCUUGGUUAUAAUCUCCCUGUUCCUUCCAGGGGUCAGUGGAGGUAACGAUUUUUCUUUUUGGUGCUUUGAGCUUUCAGUAUGUGAGGGGGGCAUGGAUUGGUGCGUCAUCCCGAUUUUGGCAGAGUGGAGGGAAGCUUUCCUUUCCGUGACAGACGAUGGACAAGAAUUAGUAAUAAGUACACUUAGUACAGAGCACCGACACUACUUGCCUACUUAUUUGCGUAGCAUGGUCACAACUCAGUCAAUAAGGUUUCUACAGUUAAAUAUGUGGGGGAAAAUCAUGGUAACUUCAUCAGUAUUUGCAAGUGAGACUUAUUCCGUCUUUUCCCUCUAUUUUAAACAUGGUCGCAGAUUCUGUAACGGCAAAGCCUUGACCAGACAACAUGUUGGUUGUUCUAGAUGCCACCGAGCAAAGAACUUCCUGUCACUCAUGAUAUAUAUGUAAUAUGUCCUAAUGCUUGGUAUGUUCUUGGUAUAGCAGAAUUAUUUUCAGUUCCCUGUAUUCCGUACAUCUACUUCCAGACAUUCUCGUAUGCAGACUUGUCUUGAUUCGAGCGAAAAUAAAAAGAGAUGAGUUUCCCAGUUUACUCUUGGAUAAUGUUCUUCCGAGCAGACAUCUCAUCACCAUCUUGCGGCUCGGGAAGUGGGGUCAUGCUUGCUAGUCGUAGGAAAGGCAGUUUCAUCAGUCCACCUGAGGAGCCUCCAACCUGGACAGUUAUUCGUUGGUAUAAUUAUUCAGAGAGUUCUAAAUUUAUUGUAAG